CUGAUAUAAAAGCCGUCCGCACCAAGAGGCUGUCAGAAGAGGUGCUACUGUCUGAAGCUUGCGCACAAGAGGCUCACUAUCAUGUCUACAUCAUCAUUCCAGGGCCAUUAUCAGUCCCCAAUUAAUAUUAACAAAGAAUUGGCAGAAUAUGAUUCAUCUCUAAAGCCUCUUGAGAUCAAUUAUGAUCCAAAAUCAGCCAUAAAGAUUGUAAAUGUGGGACACUGCUUUAAUGUAGAGUUUGAAGAUACUAAAGGAAAAUCAGUACUGACUGGAGGACCCUUAAAUGAAGUCUAUCGUUUACUCCAGUGCCAUUUUCACUGGGGUUCAUCGGAUAUCGAAGGAUCUGAACAUUCUAUAGAUGGAAUUAAAUAUCCGUCUGAGAUGCAUUUAGUUCACUGGAAUGUACAGAAAUACUCUUCGGCUGCAGAGGCUGCGAAACAUUGCAAUGGCCUGGCUGUUAUUGGUGUAUUCCUGGAGGUUGGAAAAAGAAAUCCGGGAAUAGAAAAUAUUAUUGAUCACUUGGAUAACAUAAAAACAAAGGGUAAAGAAGAUACAUUUACUGAAUUAGAUCUUUUAAGUUUGCUGCCUAAAGACUUACAAUACUGGACAUAUCCUGGGUCACUGACUGUUGCUCCUUUUAGUGAAUGUGUUACAUGGAUUAUUCUUAAGGAGACAAUAACUAUCAGCACAAAGCAACUAGAAAAAUUUCGCAGUGUCCUCUGUACAUCAGAGAAUGAAGAUCCAUGUCCCAUUUUGAAAAAUAAUCGAUGUAUUCAGCCUCUGGAAGGCAGAAUAGUCAGAUCAUCAUGGUGGCAAAAUAGAACCUUUUCAACUACUUAGGCCUAGAUUACAAGUGGCGCACUAGUGCUAGCUCGAGAUUACAUGUGGUGCACUAGUGUUAGCUCGAGAUUACAAGUGGAGCACUAGUACUAGCUUAAGAUUGCUAAAUGGCGCACUAGUGGUAGCUCGAGAUUACAAGUGGCGCACUAGUGCUAGCUCGAAAUUACAAGUGGUGCACUAGUGCUAGCUCGAGAUUUCAAGUGGCACACUAGUGCUAGCUCGAAAUUACAAGUGGUGCACUAGUGCUAGCUCGAGAUUACAAGUGGUGCACUAGUGCUAGCUCAAGGCACAAUAUCAGUAUCGCUGGACUGCACUAAAAUUAGCGUGCAAAUUGAUUACUAGUCCAUAGUAAAACAACUUUACCAGAAAAGGGGAUAUUACAAGUUGAAAGUUAUGGAUUGCACACUAGCAAAAAGCCCAAUAGCUCUAGAAUAUUUAGCUUGACCUGAAACCUUAAGCAAACACUAAUUUAUAAACAUUUUUUAAUAAAAAUAUGGUUAUUAUUGAAAGUUUUUUUUUAAAAAAGAGUUAAAAAGGGAUAGUAUAUGGCAAAAUGUUUGAUUCAGAAGGGUUCAAAAGUAUAUAUAUAUAUAAAUUAAAAUAACACUUUCUUCUAAGUGAAGAACAUAGUUAUUUAAACUAUCCAUAAUGCACCUUUGGAUCUAGCACAGUUGGUCUAGGGCAGUUUCAGUUUAGCACGUGAUCAAUAAAUAUACAAAGUUUUUAGUGCGCCCCAUAGAAGUCUUGGGGGGGGGGGGGAUGGAGUUUGCACAGUUGCAGACAUUUUGCUUUCGUGCUAACGUUGUACUUUACCUUAUAAUACCAGCGCUAACUAGGGAGCUCUGUUGUUUUACCAUGAGCGUACUAGUGCUCACAAGCGAUAACAAAUUAUCGCUCCACUUGUAAUCCAGGCUUAAGUGUUUAACCUUUGUAAAGGGAUUUUAAUGCUAUACUAAAAAGCAUUCUUUUAUUAACUUCAUAAGAAGAACUGCUGUGUAGCUCUUUGAACUAUUUAAAUGAAGGUUAGUUAUUUUUUAACAGAAAGACAUAUCUGAGAUUUAUGCAUUUCAUAAGAAAAUACUGUUGCAAUUGUUUGGAUUUGUAACUACAGUGUCAUUUUUUUAUUUAGCAAUAAAAAUGACAUACUGUGUGUUUUCAUUA